AUGUUGGUCCACGUCGUCAAAGAAGUGAAACGGCCCGGAUGGUUCACGACACGACUCGGCUUGUUGGUCCGCGCCGUCAAAGAAGAACUGAAAUGGCUCGGUUGGCCGCGUUACGGCUCGGCGCGGGUGGCCUGGCUCGAUCACGGUCUCUCAGUUCACAUGUGCGAAGCACGGCGAUCUCCGCGACUUCGACCUUGCAAGUGCAAAGCGAACCCUCGGCUCACUAGAGAGGCUGAAAAGCGCGAAGCGACUACGGUGACCUCGACUUUUACAACUACGGAGCGACCUGGACCUUCACAAGUGCGAAGCGAACUCCCGGCUCAUUAG